AUGGAAGCUGUAGUGAUCUACUGCCGAGCACUGAAUGCACAAGGUCAAGACUUGGAGAAUCCACUGGAGCUUAGAGUCAGAGUGAUGGACAUAAACGACAACCCUCCUGUGUUUUCAAUGACUACAUUUCUAGGACAAAUAGAAGAAAAUUCUAAUGCAAACACACUGGUAAUGAAACUCAAUGCUACCGAUGCUGAUGAGCCAAAUAACUUGAACUCAAUGAUAGCCUUCAAGAUCAUAAGACAGGAGCCUUCUGACUCACCAAUGUUCAUCAUCAACAGGAAAACUGGAGAAAUCAGAACAAUGAAUAACUUUCUAGACAGAGAGCAAUAUAGCCAGUAUUCCCUUGUGGUGAGAGGCUCAGACCGUGAUGGUGGAGAAGAUGGCUUGUAUGCAGAGAGCGAGUGCAGCAUCANCAUCCUNGAUGUCAAUGACAACAUCCCAUACUUGGAGCAGUCAUCUUAUGACAUCUCAAUUGAAGAAAACACACUUCACUCCCAGCUAGUGCAGAUCAGAGUCAUUGAUUUGGAUGAAGAAUUCUCAGACAACUGGAAGGCAAUCAUUUUCUUUAUCUCUGGAAAUGAGGGAAAUUGGUUUGAAAUAGAAAUGAAUGAAAGAACAAAUGUAGGAACUCUGAAGGUUGUCAAGCCCCUAGAUUAUGAAGCCAUGAAGAAUCUACAGCUUAGUAUUGGUGUUCGAAAUGUAGCUGAAUUCCACCAGUCAAUUAUUUCUCAAUACAGACUCACAGCAACUAUGGUCACUGUGACUGUGUUAAAUGUUGUCAAGGGCUGUGUGUUCCAGCCAGGUUCAAAGACAUUUGUAGUAGACAGUAGAAUGGAAGCAAAUCACACAGUGGGAGAGUUUUUAGCUACGGACUGUGAAACAGGUCUAGCUACAAACAAGUUCAAAAAUGUUAGAUACAGAUAUGUAAUGGGAAAUAACCCAGAGAACCUGCUGGCUAUUGACUCAGGCAUAAUAACUUUAAGAAAUAGAGUUACUAUGGAACAAUACCAAAGGCUUAAUAAGAGAUAUGAAGGAACAGUGCUAUCAAUACAUGAUUCCCUUCAGAGGACCUGCACAGGGACAAUCAUCAUGGUACUUUGUGGCUUCUGGACAACUACUGAACAUCCUACAACAUCCACUGAGACUCCAUCCAUUACUCCAAAAGUAAACAAUGUUCACUUCGGUCCUGCAGGCAUCGGGCUGCUCAUCAUGGGGUUCCUAGUCUUAGGAUUGGUUCCAUUCCUGCUGAUCUGCUGUGAUUGUGGAGGGGCCCCUGGUGGUGGAGCUGGAUUUGAACCUGUUCCAGAAUGUUCUGAUGGAGCAAUUCACACGUGGACCGUAGAAGGGCCACAGCCUGAACCCCACAAUGGGAUAACCACCAUCUGUGUGCCACAAAUGCCACCUGGUAAUGCCAAUGUUAUAGAAUAUAUUGACAACUCAGGAGUUUAUACAAAUGAAUAUUGUGGCAGAGAAAUGCAAGAUCUGGGAGGAGGAGAAAGAACCACAGGAUUUGAACUAAUGGAUAGUGUUAAAACAUCAGCUGCACCUGAGAUAUGCCAAGAAUAUUCAGGAACAUUAAGAAGAAAUUCAAUGAGAGAAUGUAGAAAUGGGGGUCUCAACAUGAAUUUCAUGGAAAGUUACUUCUGCCAGAAAGCCUAUGCUUAUGCGGAUGAAGAUGAAGGACAUCCAUCCAAGGACUAUUUGCUCAUCUAUGACAUCGAAGGUGUGGGUUCCCCUGCAGGCUCCAUGAGCUGUUGCAACUUCAUUGGAGAAGAUCUAGAUGAGAGCUUCCUGGAUACCUUGGGGCCCAAGUUUAAGAAGUUGGCAGAUAUCAGCCUGGGAAAAGAAAUAGAAUCAUACCCAGAUCCUGAUCCUUCUUGGCCUCCACAGAACACUGAACAAAUUUGCCCACAGCAUAUGGAGCAACUUGCUAGUGGACACCCAAGCAUAUCCCCACAUUUUGGCACGACCACAGUAAUUUCUGAGAAUGCCUACCCCUCUGGCCCUGGAGUACAGCAUCCUAUGCUAAUUCCUGAUCCUCUGGGCUAUGGUAAUGUCACUGUGAGGGAGUCCUAUACCACCUCUGGCACUCUGAAACCCUCUGUCCACUUUCAUGAUAACCAGCAGGCUUCAAAUGUGAUGGUGAUAGAGAGGGUGGUGGGCCCUGUCCCUGAUGCUGAUUUGCAUGGCAUGUUAGAGAUACCUGACUUAAGAGGUGGAGCAAAUGUUAUAGUGACAGAAAGGGUAAUAGCACCAGGCUCAAGUCUACCCACUUCUCUANCCAUUCCUAACCCUCGAGAGACCUCGAAUGUAGUUGUGACAGAAAGAGUGAUCCGACCAACCUCGGGCAUGAUAGGCAACCUGAGCAUGCCCCCUGAGUUAUCAAGUGCCCACAACGUGACUGUGACAGAGAGAGUGGUUUCCGGUGCUGGUAUGAGUGGAAUUGCUGGCACUGCUGGGUUAGGUGGGGUUGGAGGUGUAGGCAGCAGUGGCAUUGUUAGCACCACCAUGGGUGCUGGUGGCAUGGGUCUGAGUGGAGCUGGAGUAGGUGAUGGUGGCACUGGGCUGAGCAUGGGAGGGACAGCCACUAUUGGCCACAUGAGGAGUUCCUCUGACCAUCACUUUAGUCAGACAGUUGGGUCUGCCUCCCCCAGCAUGGCUCGAAGUCGAAUCACAAAGUACAGUACGGUACAAUAUAGCAAGUAG